GCCGGGGGCGUGGCCGUGCCGACGGAAGCGGCGCCGGGAUUCAAAGCGGCGGUGGAGGCGGAAGCGGCGGUUGAGCCGGGCCCGCGGCCGUGCCGGGAUGGUGCCCCCACUGCAGGAGCAGCGCUGGGCCCCCGGGCAGCCCCCGGCCGGGCACCAGGCGAGAGCMGUGCGGCGCAGCUGGCGAGUGGUGGCCGAGAGGAACCAGACCGCGGUUCCUGUGGUCGUCUGGGUGGAGAGUGCGACAGGGCAGCCGGAGCAAAGCCCGGCCUUUGCUUCGGCAUUGGARGUGGAGGAGAAGCUGAAGGAGCAGCAGCAGAAGAAGGCAGCCAGCCUGAGGAGAUUCCAGGGCGAGGUGAGGCAGCGGGUCAACCGGCAGGUCAGGAUGCGCCGGAGGCUGGAGCUGCAGAAGUCCUAUGAAGCAGUGGAGAGGCAGAGCAAUGUUGCUGUGCAGUACCCAGCCCCCUGGAAGAACCCGUGCCUGUUCCAGAAUAUCCCUGCUCCCAUCAUCUGUGGGCCCGGUGCUGGCUCUGGCCCAUCCUGGCAGGAAGAGAUGCACGAUGAGCCAUUCCAGCAACAAGCUGCCGAGCUCAGCAARGCUGUGAAGCAAGUGCGGCGCAGGCUGGCGUCCUGCAGGACCAGGUCCCCUGGUGCCUGGAGACGGGAGAAACUAGACCCUUGCCCUGCAGCCCUGGUGCCCGUGGAUGAGAGUGAGGAGCUGCUGCUGGUGGGACACCACGAUCUGCCUGCUGAGCUGCUGGAGCAGGACACAGCCACAAAUGGCAUUGGGCAGGAUGAUGACUUCUACAUCAAAAUUGAAUUAGGAAAAGUCUAUGAUGGAGUGGUCAAGGACUCAAGCCUGCCUGAGCCUCCUGGGAGGCCACACACUGAAUACCAACCUCCCCUCAUACUCUGGGCUGGUGUUGACCAAGAGGAAACCARGAAGCAGCGGCAGAUCGAGUUCCUGCGGUGCCGGCGCCUCUUCAUGGCCAUGGAGCGGGAGCGGGUGAGGGAGCACCAGCGACAGCGAGAGAGGCAGCAGAGAGUUGCCCAGAUCAAGAGGCAGAAGGAGAAGCAGCGCCGGGCAGAGGAGCAGAGGAUGCGAGACAUGGCUGAGGAGAGAGAGCUCUCCCAAGGAGAGGGAACCUGGGAAGCUCUGGCCCAGCUGCAGCUGGAGGAGAGGAGGGUGAAGGACAGACAGCAGCGGGAUAAGGAGCACAUGAGGUACGUUGAAGCCCUGAGAGCCCAGAUGAGGGAAAAGAUCAAACUCUGGAACAUUGAUUUGCCCCCGCUGUGUUCCUGUGGGUCUGAUUUCUGGGAUUGCCACCCCGAUACCUGCGCCAAUAACUGUGUCUUCUACAAAAACCACAAAGCCUACAGCCAGGCACUGCACUCUGUCAUCACCUCCUGCGCCCACACGGCCACACGGCCGCUCCGGGGCCUGGCUGCUCUCUGUGCUCGCUCCGGGAAGCGUCUGUGACCAAAGCAGCUCCGUGUCCCGGUGGGAGCUGGGCCGUGUCCUGCCUGUCCCUCCACGCCAGCUGCCAGGACGAUGUCACCUUUGCUCUCCGGGUUUGUGUGCCUCUCCCACCCUGCUCCGGGUGUGCAGUUGGCUGGGGCGAUGGUCGAGGUGAAGGAGACAAUUGCUCUGUGGGGUUGGUUUAUGGCAGGCACUUACAUUCUGGCAUUUGCCUGUGGAAUAAACUGUUUUCAAGGAUUGUCUCAUUUGAAAUGUGAAAGGAGGAGAAAUAAGGUGCCAGGGGUCAGUGUCUCUUACAGGAGGAUUUCUAACCUUUCCCUGCUCCCUUCUCUCCCUUUUCCUAGGGCUUCUGCCAGCCCSUGACACUGGGAUCACCUUCCAGAGCCAGCCUUUUAUUGUUCUUUCCUUCUCCAUGUGAAGACCUCUCUUCCAGUAACACCCACGCAGCUCUGUACCUGACCCACGCUCCAUAGCCUCUCCUUUGCUCCAGAAAGGAGCAUUUUUCUAGCAAAAAAACCUCCAGCCCUUUGCAGGGGUGGAGCAGGGUGGGUUUUGUCAAACCUGCCUGUAGUGGGGUAUCGUGGAGCUGGGCGGAGGUUACUCCGUACCACAUCAUUAAUAUUUACUCCUCGCUGGCCMUCCUCUCCAAUAUUAACCAGGGCAGGAAGGAUGGGUGGCCGAGCGUGCCGGAUCAUUUCUCKUCCCUCUUCCCAUCCCACUGGACACAGAGCAAACCCACGACCCCGGUCCAGAGGUAGCACAGGGGCACAGAGCCAGCAACUGCUCCUCUGCUUCCCCUGGAGAAUCAUUCACUGAGGGGUCCGCGGUGGCUGAUGCUGUUUAUUAACAACUGCUUGCGUCAGGGGAAGGUGCUGCAGCCCUAACUCAGGGUGUUGGAGUGGGUUUGGAGGGGGCAGGGAAGCAAAGGGCUGAAGCUGCAAAUGGGUUUUUUGUAACUGAUUUCAGCUCUAGGGCAGCUGAGGACAAGCAGUUCCUUGGCAGGUCCCCAAAGCCUUGCUCAGGCCCCAGGCACCCCUGUACUCCUGUUGCUGCCUCUCUGGAGGGAUCCCAAAGGGACUGUGGGCUGAUUUGGGGCUUAGUUAAAGGAGUGAUGACUGAAUAAAGCUGUUGUUGCUCCUGAUCCUCGAUCUCCCCCUAGCAGGAUAAAUGGGAUGCUUUAGUGGGGGGAGGAUAAGGAUUCCUCAAAUCCCUGGAAAUAAUCCCAAAUCAACUUUAGGGCAGCGAAGCCUGUUCGGGGGYUGCUGGGAAAGAGAGUGGAAAAGUUAAAUGCAGCUUUUUCUGCUGGAGAAAACAGCACCAAGGGGGGAAGCUCACAGAGGCCCGGGGGGGUAUGAACGGGGCUGGUCGGUCCCUUCGGGGCUUUGCCCCUGUCCCACUGCCCAGCGCGGCUGUYCCCUCGUUCCAGCCGGAUCUGAAGUGGAUUUUUGUUUCAGCGGGAGCGAGGACAGCCCGGUUCU